AUGGUUUUCCUCUAUGAUGCAGACAACAGUGCGCCAUUCUUUGACUCCAUUCUCUUUCGAGAAGAUGCAUUUUUUACUUUUUCAUUUGUCCUCCGAAAUUGCCCUGAGGCGACAGCUGUGUUACCCUUCGUGGGGUAUGUUCCUGUAGGGUCGCUGAUGACACUCUAUCCUCUCUACUCUACACAAGCAGGUGUUGCGAUCUUGGGAUCACUAGCUAUAUUGUCUGCUUAUUUGCAAACUCCGUUGGUACACUGCGCGGUCUAUGAGCAAAGGUCAGACAUGGAGGUGCCCAUAUAUGCGCUGGAACCUCAGUCUCGUACAUUCAAUCUUCCCUACGUAGGCCAAAAGAUAGGUCACGACGGCAACCAUUACAACUUAUUCACUUGUGACAGUGACGGCACUGCUGUCCAUCUCGCACUCCAUCCUGCAGGCUAUGAGCCUAUUCCCCAUGCUGUGGGAUUCCCUGCUCUCAACUUCACAUCUUUCCCGCCGGCGUUGGAUCUCACGUUUGGUCUAACACAACCUUUCAUCCCACUGAACAUGGCUAUGGUCGACCCUCGUUCCAUUUUGGAAUCGUGUGUGCGAUCUCCCACUGUUAAUCGUUUGCGUUACGACCCUAUUCUCGUCGCAUCUCGCGCGCAUAGUUCCACCGCCGACUCUUCAGAGUCUGGCUCUUCCACAUAUCCGGCACGCGGAGGCGACACCGAUGCUAACAUAUCCAAGAAUCUCACAGGCUCAACUGGUACCAAGCGCAGAACUACGCAGAAAACAGACAAACCCACACUAUCCUAUAUCAUGACUCGCUACCCCAACUGGAGAAAGGCCCUUGCCUACCUUAGGGCGAUGCUUGGUUCAGUCUUUGGAUUCAUGACCAAUCGUGCCGGCUUUGACCUGAAACAUCUCUUCGGGAUUACGCUACAUGAUAAGAUCCUGUCCAUCGUAUCGAAGCUGAUGCCCCCACAGUCAAAUUGCCUUCCGUUCACCGUCAAUGGUUUAGUGAAGUUCCUCCGCCAUCAGGUCUCGAAAGAGUCGGUUUACCAUGUAGUUUUCCGGCAGAACACCACACCAGGUUAUCGUAUCUGUCUCGCUGAUCUGGAUCCCACAGCCUUUAGGGAGGCAGCACACCCGCCUGUGGCCACGUUGGCCUUAGUCGUAACUACUUGUUACGACGUCUUUCUGGACACCUUUGAUGAAGAAUUCAAAGACACUCAUGUGUUUAUGUCUCCAAGCGAGAUGCAUAAACACGUAUGCGAGACGCUUCCUAUGCUAUUCGAGCAAUCUGACGACCCAGAUUAUACGUCAUUCAUGGCCGCUAUGAGCGCGUUAUGUACCAUCAAGAAGGGCGAUGUCCAACGGGUUAGCCGGCCUAAGCGCCCAACAAAACGAAAAGCGGUUGCUUAA